AUCUUCCCAUUGAUUCAUCUUACACAUUAAUGCUAGCCUCGCUUUCCGUGGUAAAGAACCUUUGAUUGUUUUCAAAUUCAUUGUAUUCAUUUUAUGCUACUUUUCAAACUACCUUAUUAUCGUUUUACUCCUAUCAGCAUUUACAUCCGAUGUUUAACUUAAUAUUCUGUAACCUAAACAAUAUAAACCAACAGCUUCCUUAAAUUUACGAAAAUAAAAAGUUAGCCUGUUUUUUUUUUCAGUUCAGAGAUAAUGCAUACAUUCGGUCUUUUGAAUCGCGUUUUUUUGUUGUUGUUGCUUUUGCGUCACACAUAAAAUAUGAUAAAUGAAUAGGAGAAACCCAUCAUAUUCGUCGUAAAUAUUAUUAAUAUAUAAAUUAACGCCUUCAUGUCUAAACAAUCGGAUAACAAUUGCAUACCUUUUCAAAAUAAAGUUAUUUGGAAGAGCGCAUGGGAAUUGUUUAUUCGCUAGUGAUAUAGGCGUGCUUGUAAUUAAGAGCGUGCUUGUGGUAUUGAGCCUUCUUAUUAUUAUUAUAUGCAGGCGCUGUAGGCGAUAUAGGCCUUACUAGUGAUAUAGGCGAGCUUGUGAUAUUGGGCGUGCUUGUGAUAUUCGGCAUGUUUGUGAUCUGAGGGCGCUGAAGGCGAUCUAGGCCGUUCUUGUGAUAUUGGCGUGCUUGUGGUAUUAAGUGUGCUUGUGAUAUUCGGCAUGCUUAUGUUGUAAGGGCGAUGUAUACGAUAUAGGGCGAGUUUUGCAUGUGAAUUGGGAAUGCAUGUGAUAUGAGGGCGCUGAAGGCGAUAUAGGGCGUACUUGUGAUAUUGGGCGUGCUUGUGAUGUAAGGGUGCUGUAGGCGAUAUUGAUCGUGUUUCAGUAAUUGGACGUGCUUGUGAUCUGAGGGCGCUGUAGGCGAUAUAGGGCGUGUUUCAGUAAUUGGGUGUGCUUGUGAUGUGAGGGAGCUGUAGGCGAUAUAGUGCGUGUGACAGUAAUUGGGCGUGCUUGUGAGGAGAGGGCGUUGUGCGAUAUAGAGCGUGUUUCACUAAUUGGGUGUGCUUGUGAUGAGAGGGCGCUGUAGGCGAUAUAGAGCGUGUUUCAGUAAUUGGGCGUGCUUGUGAUGUGAGGGCGCUGUAGGCGAUAUGGGGCGAGUUUCAGUAAUUGAGCAUGCAUGUGAAGUGAAGGCGCUGUAGUCGAUAUAGGGCGUACUUGUGAUAUUGGGCGUGCUUGUGAUGUGAGGGCGCUGUAAGCGAUAUAGAGAGUGUUUCAGGAAUUGGGCGUGCUUGUGAUGUGAGGGCUCUGUAGGCGAUAUAUGCCGUACUUGUGGAAUUAAGCGUGCUUGUGUAAUUUGGCAUGCUUGUGUUGAAAAGGCGAUAUAUGCGAUAUAGAGCGUGCUUGUGAAAUUGGGCGUGCAUGUGAUGUGAGGGCGCUGUAGGCGAUAAAGGGCGUACUUGUGAUAUUGGGCGGGCUUGUGAUGUGAUGGCGCUGUAGGCUAUAUAGGGCGUACUUGUGAUAUUGUGCCUGCUUGUGGUGUUGAGUGCUUGUGAUAUUUGGCAUGUUUGUGUGGGUAGGCGAUAAAUGGGAGCGUGUGUAAUUGUGAGUGUUUGUGAUGUUAGGGCGCUGUAGGUGAUAUAAGGCGUUCUAGUAAAUAGGCCUGCUUGUGUAAAUGUGCGUGCUUGUGGUAUUUUCUGUGCUUGUGGUUUUUUGGCGUUCUUGUGAAAUUUUAUUUUGGUGUGUUUUUAUAUUGGGCGAGCUUGUUAUACCGGAUGUGAUUGUGAUAUUACUUUGUUUGUAGUACUUGGUUUGCUGGAGAUAUUUGGAGUGCCUGUGAUAUUGGGUUUGUCAGUGGUUUUGGGCGUGCAUGUAAUAUUGGACUUGCUCUUAGUAUCAGGUGUGCUUGUGAUGUGAGGGUGAUGUAGGCAAUAUUAGGCGAGCUUGUUGAAUUGGGCGUACUUGUGAUAUCAUGGUUCUGUAUGCGAUAUUGGGCUCGACUGUGGACUUUGGCGAUCUUGUGAUAUGAGGAGUUGUUGGCAAUUAGGGGCGUGCUUGUGAUAUUGGGCUUGCUGGUGUAUUGAGUGUGCUUGUUAUAAUGUGCGGGCUUGUUAUAUUAGGCGUGCUUGCGUAUUGUGUGUGCUUGUGAUAUUGUGCGGGCUUAUGUAAUUAGGCGUGUUUGUGUAUUGUAUGUGCUUGUGAUAUUGUGCGUACUUGUGUUAUUAGGAGUGCCUGUGAUAUUGGGCGUGCAUAUAAUAUUUGGCGUGCUUGUGAUGUGAGGGCUUGUUUGUGAUAUUGGGCGUUCCUUUAUUUGUGGAAACUGGGCGUGCUUGUGGUGAUAUUGGGCGUGCUUGUUUUGAUAUUGGGCUUGUUUGUGAUAUUGUGUUUUAUUGUGGUAUUUGGCGUGCUUGUGUAAUUGGGCGUGACCUGAAGCCGUGCUUGUGAUGUGAAUGCGCUCUUGUGAUAUUUCGCGUUUUUGUAAUAUAAGGGCGCUGUUGGCUUUGUAGGGAGUGCUUAUGGUAUAGGGCCUGCUUGUGAUAUAAGGGCGCUGUUGGCGUUGUAGGAAGUGCUUAUGGUAUUGGGUGUGUUUAUGAUAUGAGGGCGCAGUUGGAGAAAUGAUGGCGUUGCUGGCGAUAUCGGGUGUUCUUGUGACAUAUGUCGUGCUAGUAAAAUUUCGCUUGUUUUCAUGAUGUAAGGGCAUUGUUGAUGGAAUAGUGCGUUCUUGUGAUAUGGGUUUCUACCUGUGAUAUAAGGAUGCUGUUGGGGAUAACGGUGGAGCUUUCAUUGUUAUUGGUUUUGCUCGGAUAUCGGCUGUGCGUGUGAUGAGGUGGCGUUGCUUGUGAUAUAGGGCGUGUUAGUUAUAUGGGGGCCGUAUCUGGUAAAAUGGGGUUGUUGCUUGUGAUAUGGAUGCGUUGCAGUUGAUAUAGAGUGUGCUUGCGUUACUGGUAUGUUGAGCCUUGUUGGUGGUAGGAGGCGCGCUUGAGAUAUGGGGCCUAUUUGUAAUAUGGGAGCGAUGCUGGUUAUCUGGUGUUUGCUCGUGAUAUUGGGCUUUGCUGGCUUUAUUUGCCGUUGUGUUUGAUAUGCGGUGUUCUUGUAAAGUAGAACAUUAUCUACACUGAACCGGUUUGUACUCUUUCAUUAGGUUUCCUGUUUAUCCGUUUUUACAGAAAUGUUAUUUUUAAAAGAUUAAGGUGUUACAUGCUGUGUUACAUUCGACAUGACAUGCUGUGCUACGGCUAAACGAUACAAAAUAAAAUGCGCAAAAUGCAAGAAUCUUUAUUUGAAGUCGGUAAUAUGAUAACAAACUCAUUAGCUCAAAGCUAUUUUUCGACAAAAAUGUUUGGCUGUAAAAAGUUAUGCUUUUUUCACAGUAUUGUUACAUGUAUUUAUUAUCUCGUAUUUCGGUGCAUUUUAAAUGUCAUAAUGAUUCUUAAACUUUAAGUGUUGCAUGUGUUAUAUUUAUCAUUAUUGGUAUUGGGCUGUUUUAAUCAAAUAUAUACUUUUGCUUUGUUUAAUGCGUGUUUCUGUAGUAUAAAUAUUAAAGAUAUGUUUCUUCUCAUUUUUCAGCCUUUGCCGACUGUUCGGAAAUAAAGCAGAACCUUGGCAAAGUGCCUUCUGGCGUCUAUCAUAUCACAACAUGGAAAACAAACCAAAAUGCGAGUGUGUUCUGUGAUAUGGACACCGAUCAGGGCGGUUGGACGGUGUUUCAACGUCGCAUGAAUGGAAAAGAGGAUUUCUACCGCAACUUCUCUUCGUACGAGAAUGGGUUUGGGUCUCUACAGGGAGAAUUCUGGUUGGGCCUCAGACUGAUGAAUGAGAUGAGCUCCCGGACAUCAAAUGAUUUAAGAAUUGACAUCACACGUGGCAGUGGUAGCACCGGCUAUAUCGUAUACGCUGACUUCAGUGUGGGAGCCGGGUCUAAUUAUACCCUACAUGUUAGAAAUAUACGGUCAGAAAGCGGAGUGCGUUCGUUUGAUGCAGGGUUUGAUACCGACAACAACGGUUCUGCCUUUACCACAUUCGACCAUGACAAUGACCGUUGGGGCAGAAAUUGUGCCGCUAAAUAUCGCGAUAAUUGCUUAUAUUAUGCGAACCUGAAUGGCCAGUACUACACACCCGGAACUCUUGUCUACAACAAAACAGCUAUGUUAUUUGACAGCUAUGAAUCGCUAAAAGCUAGCAAAAUGAUGUUUAGACCUUAGACCUUAAGUGAAGUCAUUAUUUCACUAACACGUGUGUUUUCUUAUCAUGUUUUAGUAUUGGAUUAUGUUCAGUUAAUUUUUUUUUUUAAAUUGCUAUUAUUUCAACGCACGGAUUGAACAUUCGCCCUUUUCGAAUACACAUUAAAACAAUUGUUUUAGGAAUAACAGCUUUAUUGCUCAGUUAAGGCUUUUUUGGUCUUUAAUAAGGUCAUUUUAAGUUUAAUUAUUAUUUGUGAUAAUCACAAUAUGAUUGAUUUUUGAUAUUUCCGACAUUUUCUCAUUAUAGACCGCUUUGGUAAUUGAUGGCUAUAAAUCGCUAAAAACUAGCACAAUGACGUUAAGUUCUUAUACCUUUUCUAAAGCCAUUUUUUCACAAACAUGUACUUUUUCAUGUUCUAUUUUAGUUUCCGAUUGAUAAUAUAUUGAAUUGAUAAUAAUGUACUGUCCACUACUCGGCAUUAUAUAAACCAACGUAUGGUACGAUCGCUAUUUUCGAAUAUUUGUUUUCCGAAUAUUAAAUUAUACGUUUCAAAAUAAACAGAUUUGAAGAUCACUUUAGGCAAAGAACUUUCAAUUUUUGUAGUAUUUUUAUUUUUAUUUUAAACUUUGACAUUGAAAUACUAUUUGACUGAAUUUGUUUUGUGUAUUGAAAUCAGUGUAUUAAAUAUAAGCAUUAACAUAAUGUAUUGAAAUGAAAGAUUUGACGGAGUGUUUUUUAAAUGAAAGCAUUGACGGAUUGUAUUGAAAGGAAAUAAUUAACGGAGUGCAUUAAAAGGUAAACAUUGAUGGAGUGCAAUAAAAAUAGGCAGAUAAGGAGUGCAUUGUUAGGUAAACAUUGACGAAGUGUAUUAAAAGAGAAACACUGACGGAGUGUGCAGUAGGGUUAGCAUUAACGGUGCGUAUUUAAAUGUAAGCAUUGACGGAGUGUAUUAAAAGAGAACCACUGACGGAGUGUGCUGUAGUGUUAGCAUUGACGGUGUGUAUUUAAAUGUAAGCAUUGACGGAUUGUAUUAAAAGAGAAGCAGUGACGGAGUGUGCUGUAGGGUUAGCAUUAACGGUCCGUAUUUAAAUGUAGGCAUUGACGGUGUGUAUUAAAAUAGAAGCACUGACGGAGUGAGCUGUAGGGUUAGCAUAAACGGAGCGUAUAUAAAUGUAGGCAAUGACAGGGUGAAUUAAAAGGAAGGCAUUAACGGAAUGUAUUAAAAGGUAGACAUCGGCGGAUUGUAUUAAAAGGUAGACAUUGGCGGAAUGUAUUUAAAGGUAGACAUUGGCGGAGUGUAUUUAAAGGUAGACAUUGGCGGAGUGUAUUUAAAGGUAGGCAUUGACGGAGUGUAUUUAAAGGUAGGCAUUGACGGAGUGUAUUUAAAGGUAGACAUUGACGGAGUGUAUUAAUAGGAAUGCAUUGACAGAAUGUAUUGAAUGGGAAAUAUUGACGGAGUAUAUUGAAAGGUAAGCAUUGACGGGAUGUACUGAAAGGUAAGCAUUGACGGGAUGUAUUGAAAAGUAAGCAUUUACGAAGUGUAUUGAAAGGGAAACAUUGACGGACUGUAUUGAAAGGUAAGCAUUUACGAAGUUUAUUGAAAGAGUAGCAUUAACGAGAUGAAUUUAAAAGUAAUUAUUGCCGGAAUGUAUUGAAAGGUAAGCAUUGCCGUAUUGAAUUGAAAGGGAAGCUUUGACGGAAUGUAUUGAAUGCGGAAUAUUGACGGAGUAUAUUUAAAGGUAAGCAUUGACAGUGUGUAUUGAAAUGUAAGCAUUGACGGAGUGUAUUGAACGGGAAGCAUUGACGGAGUAUAUUGAAUAGGUAAGCAUUGACGGUGUGUAUUAAAAGGUUAGGAUUGACGGAUGAUAAUUAACGUAGAUGAGCAUGACUGAUGUCAUUCAUUGAUGUAUAAAUAAUGUGAUGUGUUGAAAUAAAUGUAUGUUUUGUA